UUCAUCCGCAUAAGUUGGUCGUGCUAAAACAUUUAUUUAGUUUUUGCACUUAAUGAAUAUGUCUAUCUGUAAAAGAGAUUGUGUUAACGUUGAUGAAGUAUACCAAUUGAACGUAAAUAUGCAGAAUAAGAAGAAAGAACUACUUAGAAUGUUGGAUGAAUAUGAGCUGGAGCAGUGCAUUGUGUGCUACCGGCUCAGAUGUUCCUGCCAUUCUAAAUACCAACCGAUCCAACAUAUAAGGCCGACUAAAGAGGACCACCAGGCAUGGAUAAUGGCCAGUACUCGUAAAGAAGAAGCCGACAAAGAAAAAAAGGUUCUGCAAGUGAAGCAGAACCUUGUCAAUAGCAACAGCUGUAGUGAAGCGGCUAUAGAUGCCUUUUUUAAAGCGUUCAAAAUGUCUUCCAAUACAUCUGUGACAUACCUGUCGAAUAAACUCGCGGAGGCAUACUCCCAAAUAAAGAAAAAACAAGAAUAUCGUUACUUCUAAUUUCAUAGAAGGCAUUACGAUCGUUAAUAUAAAUUGUUGGCUAGUGUGACGGACUGUGAUAAUGUGAUACUUGAUACUGGGAAUUGUAGUAAUAGGAAAUAAUAAAGCUAUUAGCUAUUUAUAAGAGGUAAGUAUUGAUUAACUUUGUUUAUAAAGUGUGCCGUUUUAAAUCUGUAUGAAGACUAAGAAAGCGCGGAUACUAUAUUGCGGCUAUUUUAAUAAGGUGAACGGUUAUUAAAAUACAUUGACUGAAUAAUUUCUUCAAUGAUGUCAUAAUGAAUAACGAAAAAAAAUUGAAUUUUAUUUUAUGUAUGUCUAGACAAUAUAGCUUUUUCACAGUGAUUUAUUUGUAUAAAUAUAUAUUUUAUAGUAUCCGACAAAGUGUUUAUCGCUAUAUUUGAGGAAUAUUGUCUAGUUUUUUUACUUCUUGUUAUUUUUAUAAGAAACUCAUGAGUUCAAAAUGAUGGGUGAUUGUAAUUAUCUAA